AUGGAAUAUCUCGAAACGUCCGCCGGUAAUCCCCUGCAAUAUAUGGCAGAUGUGUAUGGCCGUGGUCUCAAGUAUGAGCGCCCACCAUUCACUUUCCAAAGUACGGAGUGGGAAGAUCUUGCCAGAGAACGUAUGUCAAGAGAAUCAUUGGGUUAUGUGUGCGGCAACGCUAGCACUGGCGAGACAACAAGAAAGAAUCACGAAGCUUUCCAGAAAUGGUCAAUUGUCCCUAGUCGUUUGGUUGAAACAUCGACGUAUCCCUCGCUCAAGACGGAACUUCUUAACCAGAAGUUACCGGUCCCUAUCGCCAUCGCGCCCAUUGGAGUACAGCGUAUCUUCAACCCAGAUGGCGAGCUAGCUACUGCGGCCGCGGCUGCUUCCGAAGGUGUGCCCUACAUCUACAGUACAGCGGCUGCUACAUCAAUUGAAGACGUAGCCAAGGUUAAUGGUAACGGCGUCCGCUGGUACCAGUUGUACUGGCCUUCCAAUGAUCACAACGACCUAACUGUGAGCCUUUUAAAACGCGCUAAGGAAAAUGGGUUCAGUACGCUUGUUGUUACAUUAGAUACUUACAAGCUGGGCUGGCGUCCAAGUGACCUGAACAACGCUUACAACCCUUUUCUGCGUUCCGAUACCGUGGGUACGGCACUUGGGUUUUCAGACCCGGUCUUUCGCAAAAACUUCAAGGAGAAGUAUGGCAAAGAAGUCGAAGAAGAUAUGAAGACUGCUGCUAGUGACUGGGCCGGAAUGAUCUUUCCAGGUUUUAGCCAUGGAUGGGAAGAUUUAAAGUUUCUUCGCGAAAACUGGGAUGGCCCUAUAGUCUUGAAGGGUAUUCAAACCGUCCUCGAUGCCAAAAAGUGUGUGGAGCUCGGUAUUGAGGGUAUAGUUGUUUCCAAUCAUGGCGGCAGACAGCAAGACGGAGGGCCCGCAUCUCUGGAUCGCCUCGUUAAAAUAGUUAAUGAGGUCGGAUCUAAGAUUGACAUUAUUUUUGACUCGGGUAUUCGCUGUGGUAGUGACAUAGCCAAAGCCCUUGCGCUUGGGGCUAAAAUGGUGCUUGUAGGCAGACCCUAUGUUUACGGACUUGUACUAGGAGGAGAAGAGGGCGUUGGUCACGUGCUGCGCUCGCUUUUAGGGGAUUUGACUAUGAACUUACAUUUAGCCGGGAUCAAGUCCGUAUCUCCAGAGCACUUGAAUCGCGACUGUCUGGAGUACAGCGAAUGA